GAGAACUUGCCAAGCAGCGAUUAGUAAAUCACCUGGGUUAUCUAACCGGUACCGUACGAUACUAGUUCUUCACUUUACAGUGCAGAAGUGCGAUGUGGUAUCGGGCUCGAAUGUUAUGACAUAUCUGCACUGAAAUAAUUUAACUAUACUCAAAUAUUAGAUCAAAUGCAAUUUUUGUACGAUUACCUCUGUACCGGCACCUGAAUGCUGUUAAACAAAUGCGGAAUGACAAUUAAUCACCAAAGCAGUCGCUGUUCUUCUGCAUCCAGCAGAUCAACAAAAAAUGACCAAAACAGAAAUGCUGCGUUAGCCCUGAAGCGCUAUUUGGAUUUGACUCUGAGGGGAACAAGAAAAAAUCUUGCAGAUCAUGGUGUUUCAAAUAGAGGUAAGCAAGGUCAUCCAAUAUCACCAUACACAUUCGAUCGGCCCGAUACCGAGGAGUCUGUUCAAAAAAUUUUACAAAAUCCAGAAAGUGUGGAAAACAUUGCAAGACCACCAGGUUGGGUGAACCAUAUCAAUUCCAGUACUGUGAAACAUAGCGGCGAGGCACCACUAUUUACUGAAAAUUUUCUGCCACCGAGCAAGGAAAAACAAAUCAAAGACUCACAAAUAACAUAUGCAAGACCAUUAUCUGGAAUUUCAACAAAGAGUGCACCUGUGAUCAUCAAUGGUGCAAUGUAUUAUAGGCAAACUAAGAAGCAUACAUUUCUACAGGCUUCGCGACGUCCUGCUUCUGCAAUGGAAGACAGGAUGACGAGAACAGCAAAACUUCGAAACAAACACAGAUCACAAGUAAUGUCUGGUAUUCCAUCAGACUCGACCAAAGAUGAAUUUAAAAGAAUGAAGGAAAUGAAGCCAACAAGACAAAACCUCAAUAAAGACCUCUUGCCUAUUCCUUGCCAUGGGAACGAGAGUCCACAUGCUUUUAUCAUUGGAGCUCGAUAUAACUGUUCUCACUUCAUGGAUUCAAGAUCGUUUUCAAGACUUGGCUUGUACGUACCUCGGAAAAAUCCUCUUGGAACUUUCCUCAAAACUUACAAAGGCGGAGAUGCUUUUGAUAAUGGCAGUGAGUCUGAGGGAUUCAUGGAUCAGACAAGUGUACGUACUGGUGGAAGCAUCAGACCGACUACUCAACCACUCUCUGAUCAUAAUGUAAGAACAUAUCCAAAGCGAUUUCAGCAACCAACUAUACCGCCACCUCAUUUACGUAAAGUUGUAAAACAAGCAUGGCUUAAUACCAAUACCUCUGAUGAAAAUUCAAACAUAGAAUUGAGUAAUAGAAAACCCCCUCAGUCAAGAUUGCAACCUAGUUGUCCAUUGACACGUCCUUCACCAAAAUUCGCUUCAAAGAAAUCUGAAUUUACUACGGAUUCCCAUCGAUUGCACAAGAAGAAAACUGGGCAGCGUACGAGUAGAGUAAAAUCUUCACCUUCAUUUGUACAUGAGAGAGAGUAUCGAGAAUCUUUAGUGCUGCAUAAUAAGCAGUUAGAAAAUCUACAUCUACCCAAACAGACUGAGUUAUCAAAUUCUGAUAUCAAGAAACAACAUUCUUUACCUCAAGACCGUGUAGCGGAGAUUUGCUAGAAGUAGGUUAGGGAUAAAUGUUCUCGUAUAUCAACUAUCUAACAGUUUUAGUUUCCUGAUCUGAUUACUAACUGUGCAAGAUCAAUUAUGAGGAUUUUAGGAUGUUUUAUAACACAAUAAAUUUUGAACAUGUCACAUUCCAUAAAGUGUUUCUUUUUAAUUUUUUUUAUAGUAUUGUUAAUUUAUUUUUGUAUCUAUUUAGUCUACUAUAUACUUCUUACCAAAAUUGUGGAGUUGUAACAAAGAUUUAUAUGCCACUGUACUUAUAUAUAUUUGAGUUGUCAGUAAUUAAUAUCGCAAAUAGAUUGAUUAUCUUGGAAA